CCUCGCCUCUCCCCCUCUCCUCGCCCGCGGUGUGCUGAAGUUGGGCGGAUGGCAGCGAACCGGCUCCGCUAGAGGACUUGAGCAGCCCAGCCUCGCAGCUCCGGACCCUCGGUGCGCCGCGCACACCUCCAGGCGACUGGCCAGUUGGGUCCUGAAGUAGCUGAAAUGCGAAAAAGACAGCAAUCACAAAAUGAAGGAACACCUGCUGUGUCCCAAGCUCCAGGAAACCAGAGGCCCAACAACACCUGCUGCUUCUGCUGGUGCUGCUGUUGUAGCUGCUCCUGCCUCACUGUCAGGAAUGAAGAAAGAGGGGAAAGUGCAGGAAGACCCAUCCAUACAACGAAAAUGGAGAGCAUCCAGGUCCUAGAGGAGAGCCAAAGCCCCACUGCAGAUGAAGUCUUAUCCUGGUCUCAGAGUUUCGACAAGAUGAUGAAGGCCCCUGCAGGCAGAAACCUUUUCCGGGAGUUCCUCCGAACAGAAUACAGUGAAGAGAAUCUGCUUUUCUGGCUUGCCUGUGAAGAUUUAAAGAAAGAGCAGAACAAAAAAGUCAUUGAAGAAAAAGCCAGAAUGAUAUAUGAAGAUUACAUUUCUAUUCUAUCACCAAAAGAGGUCAGUCUCGAUUCUCGAGUUAGAGAGGUGAUCAAUAGAAAUCUGUUGGAUCCUACCCCUCACAUGUAUGAAGAUGCCCAACUUCAGAUAUAUACUUUAAUGCACAGAGAUUCUUUUCCAAGGUUUUUGAACUCUCAGAUUUAUAAGUCAUUUGUUGAAAGUACUGCUGGCUCUUCUUCUGAAUCAUAAUUUUCAUUUUAAAAAAUCAUUCUGGAGGGCUGGGCUGG